UACCUAUUCGCCAUAUAUAUCCUUAUCUAAGCCUGUUAUCUCUUUUAUCUACAACCUAAUUAUGUUUCUUUACCUUCAUCCCUUUUUCUUCUGUCUUUUCCCAUUGUCCACACCAUCUAUCACUCCCCUAAUUGGACACCUUUCCGCUCUAUCUACCAUUAUUUACGGCUGUUUUUUCUUCAUUUAUCUCUUUAACAACCAGCCUAAUUAUAUUGUUUCCCUUCAUCGCCUUUCCUUUGACUUCCCUCAUUGUCCACAGCUCCCCCACCUACCCCCUCACCAUGCUCGCCUAAUUGCACACCUUUUCGCUCUAUCUGCCCUUAUUUACGCCCGUGUAAUCUUGUUUCCUCCCUUAAUUAAGGUUAUUUAUAGGGUGGACGAUGACUCGAGGGAGAGAAGUGGUGGUGACAGGCGUGGUGACGGUGCUGGUGGCGGUGGUGACGAUGGUGGUGGUGAUGGCAGGCGUGGUGACAGCUACGGGACCCACAGAACCUUCGACGACGCUGGCGGGGCAAGGCGUGAGCGAGGUACACAAAGAGGACCUUGCCGUGCUUACCUGGGGCGAGGCUGAAGAGGGAGGUGAUGAGAAAUCUGACAAAGGCGAGGAAACUGAAUUCUCCAACGCCGGUGAAGCUGACGAGGGAAACGAGGGAGAAGCUGGAGGUGACGAUGCAUUAGGAGAUGAAGGAAAGAAGGAAGGAAGGAAAAUCGACGGUGAUGAUCGUGAAGGAGGAAGAAAACGAGGAACUGCAGGAGAAAGGAAAGGAGAAGAUGAGAAAUAUAUGAGGAAAGGAGAGAAGGAAGGAAGGAAGGAAGCAAGCAAGGAAGGAACGAACGAACGAAGAAAGGAACGAAAGAAGGAAGGAACGAAGGAAGGAAGGAACGAUGACAAGAUGAACGAAGGGAAUAACAGAAGAAAAGACGUGAACGGAGAACGGCAACGGAAAAACAAAGAAGGAAGUAACAAAAGCGAAGCGCAAGACAACAAAACAAAAGACGAUAAAGAAGAAAAGAAGAAAAAGGAAGACGGUGAUAAAAACAAAGAAAACAACGAAAGAAAACACAAGACUGGAGACCGCAAACCCCAAAACGAAAGAGGAAGUGACGUAGACGAUGAACAAGACAACCAAAACAACAAAACAAGGAACAAGAAAGAAGAAAAUGAUAAAGGAAACGAAGAAAUAAUCCAAAACAACGAGAAGGAUGAGAAAUACGAUGACAAAAAGGCUGUUAAGGUCUCUGAGGCGUACGAUGAGGACCAGGGAGGAGAGAGGAGAGUGAGGGGGGCUAGUGAGGGAGGUGGAGAGGCAGGGAGUGAAGGGGGAGUGAGGGCGUGGCUGGUGGUGGGGGUGGAGGAGGGGUUGCAGGCGGGUAGAGUGGAGGAACAGCAACUACGAGACUCCGCUGCGUUUUUUAAUUACGUCAUCCAGGUUCAGCUGGACGGGGAGGAGCUCAGGUGUGCCUCAGGUGAACACGACGACACCCUCCUUGUCUUCCUGCCCAGGGCCGAGGGCGUGGUGCAGGGCGCUCCAGGGGUAGUGGCUGCGGCGUUGGCAGAGGCAGGGGCCGGUAUCCUGCUCCCUGACUUUCACCACCACCACCACAACGACGAUAACGACCACUACCACCACCACCACCACCACAGCGACGACCAUCAACAACAACAUCACCACCAGCCACUCUACGCUCUGGCGGGGUGGACGAGGCAGGUGAGGGAGGCCAUGAGGAAGGCAGGCGUCCCAUCCCUCACAGCCUUGGCCAGACACCUGCACGAGAACGAGGCGAUGCGACGGAAGUGCAGAGCUAAGGUGGACAAUCUCAAUCGGGUGUUUCAUGUUCUGGGGGACGAAUCUACGGUGGGUGAAGGGCCGCUGAGUGUCGUGGGGGAGGCGGAGAGAUACAGGGUGAUAGUGGAUGGUCGCACGCCCCCUGUUCUGCUCGCCACGCCCUCUAGUCCCCACGCCCGCGCCCUCCUCCUCGCCCUCUCUGACUACAUCACAGGGCGGCUGCAUCCCCGGCACGGCUGCGUCUCCUGUGUCGAGCAAGGUGACUGGAGGCCCUUGACGGAGGAGGACGAAGAAGGGGAAGAGGAGGAAGAAGGAGAGAAAAAGCCGAAGGAAACGAUGGAGGGUGGAGAAAAAGAGGAGAUGGAGGAGGAGAAGGGUAACAAAAUGGAGAGAAUGAAGGACAAGGAUGAGAAAGAAAAAGAUGAGAGGGAGAAAAAGGAGAAGGAGGAGAUGGUGGAGGUGGAGGCGGAGGUAGUGGUGGUGGGGGUGUUUGUGGAGGCGCCUCAACCCUUCCUCACCGUCAGCCUCACCUCCAUCCUCCGCAGCGGCCUCCACCCCGACUCCACCCACUUCUUCGUCUACAACCAGGUGAAGGAGUACGAGGCCCAGGUGGUGGAGUUCAUUAAGGACCUCAGGGAGACAGGUGCGAGUCACGUCACCUUGGGCGAGCCUGUACCUGACGCGCUAACGAUGGCGAGGCGGAAAAACGAGCUCCUGGACGAGUGCAAGAGAUUGAGGUGCGCUUGGUUCCUCCACUGGUCCACCAUAGCCAUGCUUAACCCAGGCAUCCCGACGAGACUCAUGAGGCACCUGUCCAAGACUCACCUGGCUGCCACUCACCUGCCGCCCUUACCCACCUCUACUGCCUCACCUACUCCCUCAUCCUCCACACACUCCUCAUCCUCUACCUCCACCACCUCUUCCUCUUCCUCCUCCUCCUCCUCCUCACGUCGUUACCUCCGCCCCGUUCUCUCUCCGGGUCUCAGGGUCCAACAGGGAAUCGAAGCCACGUUCACAAGAGAUGUUGGAGGAGAGAACAAUAUGCCAGCUCAUUCCUGGGACCACGAGGCCAUUAUGAGCGGCAAACCCAGUGUCAGAGGGCAGUGGCAUGCUAGCUGCGUCAAGGAAGUGUACCUCAUACCACGGGAAGUCCUGGAGCACCUCACCUCACCAUACACACCUUCGCGUCACAAGGACUCAAACAUCGCCUUCUGCGCCACGCUCCGAGAGGCUGGGGUCCCUAUGGUGGUGACUACGGCCAUUCCUAACCUCGGAGCGCUGGUGAACUCGACAGGAUGCACCACCUCCACGCACGACAUCACGAACUACCUCUCCAACCCCGACCUGUGGAGGUUUAUCUAUCUGAACCCCGCCUGGCAGGAGAUCCAGACUGGGAAUUUAUCUCAAGUGUCAAGGCCGUGUGACGAGGUAUACCUGUUUCCUACCUUCACUGAUCGCUUCUGCAUUGACCUCCUUCACCUGGCAUACUCCAAGAAUAAGUGGUCAUCUGCCCUGAAAAAGGACCCAAGGAAGAAGUCACCGGGGAUUGAGUCAGUGCCCACCGUGGACCAAUGGCUCUCUGACCUCGACAUGGGGGAGGUCAUAAACGCUCUGAUGGUGGACGUGUUUUAUACCCAACUCAGCAUUUCCUUCCCCUACGGCAACAAGGACAAGGUGGUGAUGUCCCUGCUGGCAAGGUUCCGCCCCCACGAGCUUCCGGGGCUUCCCUCCCACCACGACGCCUCGACUGUCACCUUCCACGUUCAUCUUACCCCGACGGACAUCUACCAGGGCGGGGAGCUGGAGUUUCCGCGCCAGAAGUGUCGCGUGAAGGCGGACGUGGGCGAGGUGAUGGUGUUCCCCGGCCGCCUCACGCACCCCAAGAUCCUGCACCCGGUGACGAGCGGCGAGCUGAACAAACUCAUCAUCCACGUCGACCUCCGCAUACCCAUGACUCGGCACCAUUAACUAACGGGCGCCGACUUGUGUUUAGUGUCAGGCGCUGUUCAUUAGUAAUCAUACGACUAUCAAUUAUGUAUCAAGAUUCAUACGCUAUAGUUGCGCGUGAUGUCGGUGGUCAUCUCGUCUCAGUGUCCCUUGACCCUGUGGUGGAGUAAAAACACUCCCGCUGGGGAUAUAAGGCGGGUGACAUCCACGGG